UUUUGCGGAACGUGCAUACGAUAGAAGAGAUACCCCCGAAGAAACUACGCGUCUGAAGGAUAAAUAGUACGGGAUUAAUUUUUCGAAAAAAGAAACACGAUGCGCUUCACCACCAUCCUCUCGGCUGCUGUGGCCACUGGCCCUAUCGUGGCUUCGGCCGCUGGACAGCUAGGCUUCGCGCUCGGCAACAAGAAGGCGGACGGGACGUGCAAGGCGACUAGCGACUACACGGCUGAUUUCGCCGCUCUUUCCAAGGAGACUGGUACCAAGGUCGUUCGCAUCUACGCCGCUUCCGACUGCGACGUCGCGAAGCUGAUCUUGCCUGCUGCUAAGACGGCCGGCUUCCAGGUUAUCCUGGGUAUCUGGCCCGACACCGACGAGUCCUUCCAAGCGGACAAGGCCGCCGUCGUCGCCAACGCGCCCAAGUACAAGGACCAAGUGUACGGCAUCACCGUCGGCUCCGAGUCGCUGUACCGCGGCAACUUCACGGGGCCGGAGCUGCUGGAGAAGAUCCAAGACGUCAAGUCGGCCACGGGCGGCGCCUUCAAGAUCGGCACGGCGGACUCGUGGAACAAGUACGCGGACGGGACGGCGGACGCGAUCGUCAGCUCGGGCGACGCGGACAUCCUGCUGACGAACGCGUUCUCGUACUGGCAAGGCCAAGUCCUGAGCAACGCCACCGGCUCCUUCUACGACGACAUCUUCCAGGCCUUCGGCCACAUCCAGGAGAAGGCCGGCGGCACCGACAAGAUCGAGCUCUGGGUCGGCGAGACCGGGUGGCCGACGGGCGGCGACAAGUACCAGAACGCGCAGCCGGGCACCAAGCAGGCUUCUACUUUUUAUAGCCAGGCCGUCUGCGGCAUGGUCGAUUGGGGCUUCAACGUCUUCUUCUUCGAGGCCUUCGACGAGAGCUGGAAGCCCAAGGCCGUCGGCGAGGACGGGUCUGUUGCUGAUGAGACUUCGUGGGGCGCUAUGACGGCCGAUCGUACGGCUAAGUACUCGCUUAAGUGCUAGGUUAGUUAAACUUGGUGAAUUCGGUUGUUUCUUCCUGCCUGCCGGGGCUGGAUGGGUUGAGGUCUUGGGUGUGCGUGUGCGUGGUGGAGGGAUGGAAGAGGAAGGAGAAAGGAGAGAGGAGGAAAGGAGGAAAGGAGGAAAGGGGGGGUGGACGUCUUGGAAUAGGCGCUGCGCUGCAAUGUUUUCUGUCGGUUAUAAUUUAUAUCCUGUCAUAUACCACCAAUUACGUACGUCGUAGGAGGGAGAUAGUGGACGUGAUACCAUACAAAGUUGCUCUAUAAAUAUGCUCUUAUACAGUGUUAUGUUCUGAUGCUAAAGUGUUACGAGUU